AAGCUUCAGUCUGUUGUGUGUUUUAUUUUUCCUCUGUGUGCGUGCGUGAACAGCAGAAGCAUCAUGGAGGAGUUAGACGUUCCACAGAUGAGGAGAGAAGUGGAAAGCCUUCAGUAUCAGCUGGCAAUCAACAGAGAGAAAUCCUCCAUCACCGUUACUGAACUGGUGAAGUGGAUUGAGGGUUGUGUUUGUGAAGAUCCAUUUCUGAACCCGGAGCUGAUGAGAGCCAACCCCUGGGUGGAGAAGGGCAAGUGUGUGAUCCUCUAAUGGUCACACACACAUGCACACACACACAUACAUAUGUUUACCUAUGUCACUUUUGGGGGCAUUGCAUAGACUUUCAUUUCCCAUUUAUUUCCUGGAGAUGAACCAUAACAUAACCACCAAUAGUUGAACCUUAAUCUUAACCUUUUUUUCCAAAGUGGGGACACGUCUUUUGUCCCCGAUUGGAGAAGCCAUCCCUUAUUAACUGGUCUUAAGUCUGAAAUGUGUCCCUGAAGGUAGCCAGAGUCACACACACACACACA